AUGGCUGUCACGGGUGGGGAAGGGAAAAAGGAGAGAGAAAGUUAUGCAUCAAAUGGGACGCAAUACUUCGACUUCGACAUGGCUUCAGAAACAGGAAGAGAAUCGUUUGCAAGGGCUUCGAAUGCAGAAUGGGUAGAGGAAGAUGAAGAGGAGCUUCAAAUGGCUGCACUUCUAAGGUUGCCUACGAUGAAACGUGUCAACCUUGCAUUGGUUAGAAAACCAUCUUCGGAUCAGAGUAACAAAGGUUCUUCUUCUGGGGAGGGGAAGAAGAAGAAAAUGGAAACGGUUGAUGUUAGAAAGUUGAAUCGUUUUCACCGUGAACGCCUCGUUGACGAAGCUUUCGCUACCAAUGAACAAGAUAAUUACAAGCUCCUUUCUGCCAUCAAGGAACGUUUCAAUAGGGCUGGAAUGGAGGUGCCAAGUAUCGAAGUGAGAUACAAAAACUUGACAAUUGGAGCUGAAAUUCAGUUAGGUUCAAGAGCUCUGCCAACUUUGCUCAAUUGGACACGAGACGGCCUUGAGGGUUUUGUAACGAGCUUGGGAAUAGGUCGACCUAAAAGACAUUCUUUGACCAUCUUGAAUAAUAUUAGUGGUGUUAUCAAACCUGGGAGGAUGACAUUGCUGUUAGGACCUCCAGGAUCGGGCAAAACUACCUUACUUUUGGCUCUUGCGGGAAAACUUGAUGGCAGCCUCAAGAGAAGUGGUAGCAUAACAUACAAUGGCCAUGAACAAAACGAGUUUUGUAUUCAAAGGGCUUCUGCAUACACUAGCCAAACUGAUAAUCACAUAGCAGAAUUGACAGUGAGAGAAACUUUUGAUUUUGCAAAUAGAUGUCAAGGUUCAAAUGAUGGAGGGUAUGUGAAAAAUCUGGAACGCUUAGAGAAGGAAAAAAACAUACUUCCAAGUCCAGAAACUGAUGCAUUUAUGAAGGCAGCAUCUGUUGGUGGCAAAAAGCACAGUGUGAUGACAGAUUAUAUUUUGAGAGUGCUUGGUCUUGAUGUAUGUUCAGAUACGGUUGUAGGCAAUGAAAUGAUAAGGGGGGUCUCUGGUGGCCAAAAAAAGAGAGUUACAACAGGAGAAAUGAUUGUUGGACCAAGAAAAGCUCUAUUUAUGGAUGAAAUAUCAACUGGACUUGAUAGCUCAACCACAUUCCAGAUAGUAAAAUGCAUAAGAAAUUUUGUUCAUCAAAUGGAUGCUACAGUGCUAAUGGCUCUUCUUCAGCCCGCACCAGAGACAUUUGAGCUCUUUGAUGAUCUUGUGCUUCUGUCAGAUGGGUAUGUUGUAUAUGAAGGCCCCAGAGAAGAUGUGCUGGAGUUUUUUGAAUCCUUAGGUUUCAAACUUCCAUCACGCAAGGGAGUUGCAGAUUUUCUUCAAGAGGUGACAUCUAAAAAAGAUCAAGCUCAAUACUGGACUGAUUCUUCAAAACCAUAUAAAUUUAUUUCAGUUCCAGAGAUUGCAGAAGCUUUUAAAAAUUCCAAAUUUGGAAAGUCUGUAGAAUCCAUGUGUAAUGCUCCCUUUGAUAAGUCAAAGAGUCAUCCUUCAGCAUUGCCCAAAACUAGAUUUGCUGUGUCAAAGUGGGAUCUCUUUAAGGCUUGCUUGUCACGAGAGUUGACCUUGAUCAGCAGGAAUAGGUUUCUUUACAUUUUUAGGACCUGCCAGGUUGCAUUUGUUGGAUUUGUCACAUGCACGAUGUUCCUAGAUGCAAGAUUUCAUCCUAAAGAUGAGGCUUAUGGAAAUCUCUAUCAAUCUGCACUAUUUUUUGGACUGGUGCAUAUGAUGUUUAAUGGAUAUUCUGAGUUAUCUCUCAUGAUAUCUCGGCUCCCUGUCUUUUAUAAACAAAGAAACAAUUUAUUUUAUCCUGCUUGGACAUGGUCUAUUUCCACUUGGAUUCUCCAAGUACCUUAUUCCAUUGUUGAAUCUAUUAUAUGGACUUGUGUUGUAUACUACACUGUUGGAUUUGCCCCUGCAGCUGGAAGGUUUUUCCGCUUCAUGCUUUUGUUAUUCGUGGUGCACCAAAUGGCAUUAGGUCUCUUCAAGUUUAUGGCUUCUCUUGCACGCGAUAUGGUCCUUGCUAAUACAUUUGGAUCGGCUGCACUGAUGAUUAUAUUCUUGCUGGGAGGAUUUAUUAUCCCAAAAGGUAUGAUUAAGCCAUGGUGGAUUUGGGGUUACUGGUUGUCACCUCUUACCUAUGGACAAAGAGCAAUUUCAGUCAAUGAAUUUACUGCCACAAGAUGGAUGGAGCAUUCUGCUUUUGGGGACACCACAGUUGGUUAUAAUAUUCUCAAUGGAUUCAAUUUACCAACUGAUGAUUACUGGUAUUGGGCUGGUCUUGGAGUUGUAACAGCAUACUCAUUGCUUUUCAACAACUUGGUCACUGUGGCCUUGAAUUAUCUGAAUCCAAUCCGAAAACCACGAGCAAUUAUUCUUUCUGAUGAUGAGGACUCACAAAAUAGUAAAGAUAAAGAUAGUAAAGAAUCAACAAUAAGUUCCAAAUCUACUGGUGGGGACAGCCAAGUCAAGGGAAUGAUUCUUCCUUUUCAACCAUUGACAAUGACAUUCCACAAUGUCAAUUACUAUGUUGAUAUGCCAAAGGAGAUAAAAAAACAAGGCAUAACAGAAUCCAGGUUGAGGCUCUUGUCAAAUGUGAGUGGAGUUUUCGCGCCCGGUGUCUUAACGGCGUUGAUGGGAUCAAGUGGAGCUGGAAAGACAACUUUAAUGGAUGUGCUUGCUGGAAGGAAAACAGGAGGUUAUAUUGAGGGUGAUAUUAAAAUAUCUGGCUACCCAAAAGUUCAACACACAUUUGCCAGAAUAGCAGGAUAUGUUGAACAAAAUGACAUACAUUCUCCUCAGGUGACUGUUGAGGAGUCCCUAUGGUUUUCUGCAUCAUUAAGGCUUCCAAAGGAAGUGAGCAAAGAAAAAAAGCAUGAAUUUGUUGAACAAGUAAUGAAACUAGUAGAGCUUGAUGGUUUAAGAGAUGCUUUGGUUGGAAUGCCUGGCACUUCUGGCUUAUCCACUGAGCAGAGAAAGCGGUUGACAAUUGCUGUGGAGCUUGUAGCAAACCCUUCCAUAAUUUUCAUGGAUGAACCUACAUCAGGACUUGAUGCACGUGCAGCAGCCAUUGUUAUGAGAACUGUUCGCAAUACUGUUGAUACUGGAAGAACGGUUGUUUGCACCAUACAUCAACCAAGUAUUGAUAUAUUUGAAGCAUUUGAUGAGUUGCUUCUUAUGAAACGCGGAGGAAGAGUUAUAUAUGGUGGGAAGAUUGGUAGGCAAUCAGAUGUUCUGAUAAACUAUUUUCAGAGUAUCAAUGAAAUCCCCCCAAUCCCUAGUGGUUACAAUCCAGCUACUUGGAUGCUUGAGGUUACCACAGCUGCUGUUGAAGGGAAAAUUGGUUCAGACUUUGCAGAUCUUUACCAAAAUUCUGAACAAUUCAGGGGGGUGGAAACUUCUAUUAUGCAAUAUGGAGAACCUCCUGCUGGCUCAGAACCAUUGAAGUUUGACACGUUAUAUUCACAAGGCACAUGGUCACAAUUUCUCAGGUGUUUAUGGAAGCAAAAUCUUGUGUACUGGAGAAGUCCACAAUAUAAUGCAAUGAGGUUGAUAUUUACAGUAAUAAGCGCUUUGAUAUUUGGUUCCGUAUUUUGGGACAUUGGUUCAAAAAGGGAAUCAACUCAACAAGUGAUUGUAAUUAUGGGUGCACUUUUCUCUGCAUGCUUGUUCCUUGGGGUAAAUAAUGCAUCUUCUGUGCAACCCGUUGUUUCAAUAGAAAGGACAGUGUUUUAUAGAGAGAAAGCAGCUGGAAUGUACUCUCCAAUUGCAUAUGCAACAGCACAAGGGCUGGUGGAGGUUCCAUACAUUCUUUUUCAGACAUUAAUAUUUGGUGUAAUCACAUAUUUCAUGGUCAAUUUUGACAGGAAUAUUGGAAAGUUUUUUCUGUAUCUUAUCUUCCUGUUCCUAACAUUUACCUACUUCACCUUUUACGGCAUGAUGGCUGUUGGUGUUACACCUACUCAACAUUUAGCAGCUGUUAUUUCUUCUGCAUUUUAUUCUCUAUGGAAUCUUGUAUCAGGUUUUCUUAUUCCAAAAUCUCAUAUUCCUGCAUAUUGGAUUUGGUUCCAUUAUCUCUGCCCAGUUGCUUGGACACUACGUGGCAUUGUAACAUCUCAGCUUGGUGAUGUGCAAGACAUAAUUGUGGGACCUGGAUUUAAGGGCACUGUGAAAGAGUAUAUAUCUCUUACUCUUGGAUAUGAUCCCACAAUUAAUGGUGUCUCAGCAGUGUUGGUGUCAGCAAUCGUGCUUAUUUGCUUCAACAUCCUUUUCUUUGGUUCCUUUGCUGUAUCGGUUAAAGUUUUGAAUUUCCAAAGGAGAUGA